CAUGCGGUCCAAGAUUAAAGAGAUUAAUACAAGAUUGCAAGAAAGUGUGACACAAAAGAAUUAUCUGGAAUUGAGAUACUAUGAUGGGGGAAGAACUAAAACAGCAAGACUACCCACAACUUCUCUUGUGAAUGAAGGUCACGUUUAUGGCAGAGAUGAAGAUAAAAAGGCUAUUGUCAACUUGUUGCUGGGUGCUGGAUCAAGUGACUCUCAACUCUCUGUGAUUCCCAUACUUGCUAUGGGGGGAAUGGGUAAGACAACUCUUGCUCAACUAGUUUACAACGACCAUGAUGUGAAUCGUCAUUUUGAUAUGAAAGCAUGGAUUUAUGUUUCUGAUGAUUUUGACAUUGUAAGGGUGACAAAAGCAAUUAUACAAUCUGUCACUUCUGAGCCCUAUGAUGUUAAUGAUUUAGAUUUACUUCAAGUCAAACUGAAGAACAUAUUAUUUGGCAAGAAGUUUUUAUUCAUUUUGGAUGAUGUUUGGAAUGAAAAUUACAAUAAUUGGACUGUCUUACAACGUCCAUUUGAAUUUGGGGCUCUAGGAAGUAAGGUUGUUGUCACAACUCGAAAUGAUGGUGUUUCAUCAUUAAUGGGCACUGCUCCAAGUUACAAGUUGAAGGAGUUGUCACCAAAUGCUUGUUUGCAUGUAUUUACCCAACACGCAUUGGGGGCAACAGAUUUUAGUGAACAUUUGGAACUUCAAGAAAUUGGCCAAAAAAUUAUAGAGAUGUGUAAGGGCUUGCCUUUGGUAGCAAAAGAACUCGGAGGCCAUUUACGCACUAAGCACAACCAUGAUCAGUGGAAACAUGUGCUAUAUAGCAACAUCCGAGAUAUACCGGAGGAGAAAAGUGCUAUUAUUCCAACUCUUAGAUUGAGUUACCAAUACCUCCCUUCACAAUUAAAGAGGUGUUUUGCCUAUUGUUCAAUAUUCCCAAAGUCCUACGAAUUCGAAGAGAUAGAACUAGUCUUGUUAUGGAUGGCAGAAGGUCUGCUUCAAGAAACAGAAGGAAACAAGCAAAUGGAAGAUCUUGGUAGUGAGUAUUUUCUUGAUCUACUAGGGAGAUCAUUUUUCCAACAAUCAAGCAAUCAUGCAUCACGUUUUGUCAUGCAUGACUUGGUCAAUGAUCUAGCUCAAUGGGCUGCAGGAGACAUGUGUUAUAGGUUGGACAACAAAUUGAAUGCUAAUAAUCAAUCCAAGAUUCCCACAAAGGUACGCUAUUUCUCAUAUAUUCCUUGCUUUUGUGAUGGCAUCAAAAGAUUUGAAGACUUCCACGAAGGCAUGUCAUUACGGACUUUCCUACCACUACCAGAAAGGAAAGUUUGCUACUUAACAAAUCAUGUUUCUUAUCAUAUGUUGCCACAAUUGAAAUGUUUAAGGGUAUUAUCUUUAAGUGGAUAUCAAAUUGUUGAGCUAUCAAGCUCUAUUGGUGAUUUGAUACAUUUAAGAUACCUCAAUCUUUCUGGUACUUUGAUUGCAAGUUUACCAGAAUCAAUAAGUUCCUUAUACAAUUUGCAAACAUUGAUAUUGAGACGUUGUUUCAAACUUACAAGGUUACCAAAGAAAAUUGGGAAUCUAGUCAAUCUUCGACAUCUUGAUACUACAGAUGCUUAUUUAAUCAGAGAGAUGCCAGUGGGACUAAAAAAUUUAAAAAGCCUACAAACACUACCUGAAUUUGUUGUGGGAAAAGAUACCGGAUCUAAGGUAGGAGACUUGAUGAACUUGAAGUUUCUUCGCGAAACACUUUGCAUUUCAGGCUUAGAGAAUGUGCUUAAUGUUGAGGAUGCUAGAAAGGCUGAUUUAAAUGGUAAGAACUUAGAUGUAUUGGUUAUGAAAUGGGGGUCUGUGCUUAAUGAUUUACUAGAUGCAAGAGUUGCAGCAGAUGUUCUUGACAUGUUACAACCUCCAACAACGGUAAAAGAACUUUCCAUUAAGGGUUAUGUCGGUGCAAGAUUUCCAACUUGGUUAGGAGAUCCUUUAUUUUCUAAAUUGGUGCUCCUUAAGAUGAAUAGUUGUGAAAAAUGCACAUCCUUGCCUGCGAUUGGACAAUUACCCUCCCUAAAGGAUCUUGUCAUUAUAGGAAUGGCUGGGGUGAGAAGUGUUGGUUCUGAGUUUUAUGGGGAUGGUUUCUUUAAUCCUUUUAGAUCUUUAGUUAGACUUUGCUUUAAGGAUAUGCAAGAAUGGCAAGACUGGAUUCCUUGUGGAGUUGAGUAUGAAGAAUUCCCUUGCUUGCAUGAGCUUUCUAUCAUUAAAUGCCCUAAAUUGCAAGGAAAAUUGCCCCACCAUCUCCCAUCAUUGGAAAAAAUUUCUAUUCGUAAAUGUGAGCAGUUGGUUGUUUCGAUUCCAAACUUUCCAAUGCUUCAUGAGGUAGAAAUCGUCGGAUGCAAAGAGGUGAUAAGCAAAAGUCCCGUUGAGUUAAGCUCACUGAAGUCCAUGGUUCUUUCUAUUUCAGAUUUGACAAGUUUGACAGAGGAAUUCAUGCAAGGAUCAACAAAGGUAGAAUAUGUGACAAUAGAUGAUUGUAAGGAGCUAACAUCCUUAUGGCAAGAGAGGCUCAUUUCCCUUGUAACGCUAGAUAUCAGAUCAUGCCCAAGACUUGUGAACAUCAGUCUACCAUAUACGUUAAGGACAAUGAAAAUUAAAAAUUGCAAUGCUCUGAAAUCCUUGCCGAUGUCCAAUAGUAUGUGUAUUGAAUACGCAUAUAUUGAUAACUGCCGUUCUCUCACCUGCAUUUCAAGAGGCCAGCUACCUCCAACUUUGAGAAGGCUACACAUUAAAAAUUGUGAGAAUUUGCAAGUUGUGCUUGAUGAGGAGGAGGCCUCUUCCUCUUCUUCUUUAGUGAGGAAUGAGGGAAAUCUUUAUGGCAAUAGUAGUAGUAAUGAGUCACUUCUUGAACACUUGGAGAUUAGGGAAUGUUCAUCUCUAAAAUGCUUGUCACCAAGAAACCAGUUUCCUGCUGCCUUGAAAAACCUUUUUGUAUACAAAUGUCCAGAGCUGGAGUCAAUAACAAAAGAGUUACAAAAUAAUGCCUCUCUUGAACACUUCCAAAUUUGUCAUUGUGAAAAGCUCAAGUCCUUACCUGAGGGCCUACACAGACUCUGCCACGUCUAUGAGAUCAAGAUAUGGGAUUGUUCUAGUCUUGUUUCCUUCCCGGAUGGAGGUCUCCUCCCAACCAGCCUGAGAAAGCUUUCAAUCGAAAACUGUGAGAAACUUGAGGCCUUGCCUAACUGUUUGCCCAACCUCACCUAUCUUCAAGAACUAGUUAUAUGCCGGUGUCCAAGCAUCAUAUCCUUCACGGAAGGGGGUUACCCCACAAAUCUUACAUCACUUUGGCUGUCAGGGGUUAAUAUCUGUAAGCAACUAUUUGAGUGGGGGAUCCACAGACUCACAUCUCUUAGAGAUCUCAACAUUAUGGGCGGGUUUCCGAAUUUGCAGUCAUUUCCUGAGGCUGAGGAAGAUGGGAAGACAAUGAUGAUGAUGAUGAUGCUGCCUAUCUCUCUCACUAGCCUGAGUAUUAUAAAUUUUCCAAAUUUAGUACUCCUGUCCAAGGGCUUUCGACAACUCUCUGCUCUUGAAAUGUUGUAUAUCAAAGAUUGUCCUAAACUUGAAUACCUCCCAGAGAACGGUCUGCCUCCUUCACUUCUGAAACUUUAUAUUUAUAGGUGUCCUCUACUGGAACAGCACUGCAAGAAAGGCAAAGGUCGAGAGUGGUUCAAAAUUGCCAACAUCCCUCGUGUUGAGAUUGAUUGGAGGUCUGUCUAUGAGGUGGAGGAGGAGCAAGAAUAA